CAUGAAGAAAAAUGAAAUUGAAUUUCAAGAUAGUUCUAUAUCCAUUAAGAGACAGCCUCUUUUAGACAGAAAGAAAAGUUAGGAUAAGGAUCAGGGUCUUAGAAAGUCAAAUGUUUAUGAAGGUGGUUUGAGUUAAUUGAAAAAAUCCAUACUUGAAACUAGUUAGUUUUAAAGAAUUGAAAAACAUGUAUAAAUGUGAUAUAUUGUAGCCAUCUCUUUAAGAAUUCUCUGAUUCUAUGAGCUUGAUGAGUAUAUAAUAGAAAUGCCAUCAACUUGUAAAAUCCGUUCAAGAAUAAGAAGUCUAAGAAAUAUUUUUCAUUUUAGAUCAUUUUAAGACAUUAACUCCUAAACCUAAACUCAAAGAUAUUUAUGAUCAAAAAUAGUAGACAAUUCUUCAUAUUUCAUGUUUCAAAAAUCUGCCAACUGCAGUUGAAAGAAUCUUGAUGUAUGAAAAGGAGAAUUCCACAGCCGAAGAAUUCAAUAUUUGGAUGAAUUAAAAAAAUAAGGAUUCAUUCACAGCAGUUCAUUUUGCUGCCUAUGUUGGAUCGUUAGAAACAUUAGAAAUUUUAAAGAAAUAUUCAUGUGAUUUAAAAAUAAAGAAUGAAUAGGGUCAAAAUGCACUUUCAAUUGCAGCGCAAGGAGACUAAGUUUCUGCUAUGGUUUGGCUAUAUUUGCAAGGGUUGUCUUAUACUGAAUAAGAUGAGAAAGGGGGAACACCAUUGCAUUGGGCUACUUAUUAUGGUAGUGAGUUUGCUGUUCAAUUUUUGUUGAGUUGGUUACAAAAGUCUAAGGAAGGGAAGAAAAUUAUAAAUCAAUAAGAUACUGAAGGGAUGACACCUCUGCAUUUGGCUGCAAUGACAGGAAAUUAGAGAAUUGUUAAAAAACUACUUUACAAAGGAAGUUCAAAAACCAUUAGAGACAAUAGAAAUUAAACUCCAGCCUAAACAGCUUUAGAAAAUGAAUACGAAAUAAUCUAUAAAAUUUUGGAAACAAAUAAUUGUCUGUUUGAAUUUUUAAAUAUCCGAACAAGGUAAAUGCUAAGUUCACUCUUAAUAGUUAUAAACCAGCCUCAAUCAGUUGGAAUUAGAUUUGCUCAUUCUUUUUUAUUUAUUUCUAUUGCAUGAUUGGAUCCGUGAUUUUCGUAUAUCCAUUUUUCGAUGCUGAUGCUUGGUUAUAAUAUUUAUCCAUAGCUUCAUUUUUGAUUGGACUCGUCUUUUAUUUUUUGACUAUGUUCAUUAGUCCAGGAUAUGUUGAAAGAAAUGAUGAUUCAAGAAAACUAUUUUCACUUCUCACUCAAUAUGAGCCUUGGGAACUAUGUCCAGAAUGUUAAAUACAUAAACCAUUAAGAUCUAGACAUUGUGAGUUUUGUUCAAGAUGUGUUAUAGUUUAUGAUCAUCAUUGUCCAUGGUUACAUAAUUGUGUAAAUAUUUAUAUUUUUAAUAAAGAUAGGAGCUAAAAAUUAUCCAUAUUUUAUUUGUUUUAUUUUGACAAUUUUUGUAAACUUAAUUCAUUUGAUCAUAUUGAAUUCAAUAUUCUUGAUAGAUGAUUAUCAUGAUCCCUUACAUAAUCCUCAUUAUCCAUGGUUCAAUAAUGUCACUAAUCUAAAGGCACUUGAUAUCUCCAAGAAAUGUGUGCAAUUAACUAUUUUAAUUCUAUGUUUACUCUUUCUGUUCCCCUUGGCAUAUUUGGUCUACGUUUAAAUGGACAACUUAUUCAGAAACAUAACUACCUUCGAGAAAUAUCGAUAGGAAGAAUAAUCAAAUGUUUAAGGUUCAAAAGAUAAGAAAAGUCAAUAAACUAUAUAGUAAAUAUCCUUCUAAUUUUAGAUCUACUUCAUCUAUUAGAUCAUAAGUAUCACACAAUUUAUCGUGUUCAAAUUGUUUAGAAAUGUGCUGCAACAAUUCAAGAAAUACUUCAUAUCAAAUAUGAC